AUGCCUCGGUUCAUCUCUUCGGUAGGCAUAGCUGUUGCGGUCAGCAAUGCUUUGACUGUAGCAUAUCCUCGAGGUGUAGAACGCUCGAAGGUCCUGGCCUCUGCAAGAGACGUUGGCGAUGCAUAUGACUAUGUUGUAGUCGGCGGUGGCACGGCCGGCCUCACUGUAGCCGAUCGUCUCACGGAAGAUGGCAAGACGACAGUGCUGGUGAUCGAAUAUGGCGAGCUAGCCAACUCACCAGCCAUUGAUAACGUCCAGGGUGGCACCCAGGGCAUGAGCGCCUCGAGGUUCCUAUAUCCCGUCACCUCGGUGCCCCAAGAACACCUAGACGGCCGGCGAGUGCCGGUGUUGAUCGGCAAGGUUGUCGGUGGCAGCUCGGCCGUCAAUGCGAUGAUGACCGUUCGGGGAACCAGCGAGGACUAUGACCGGUGGGGAAACUUCUUCGGCGGCUCAUCUGACUGGAGCUGGAAGGGCCUGCUUCCGUACUUCAAGAAGGCCCUCAGCUUCGUCCCGCCCACAGAGGAAGUGGCCGAGUCGACACAUAUGAACUACGACACAAGCUUCUGGGGCAACACCUCGGGCGUCUACACUGGGUGGCCCUCGUACCAGUACCCCGGGACGGUCAUCCAGCUAGAGGCAUUUGGAGAGCUACCUGGGGUCGAGUUCCCGCCGGACAGUGGUGCCGGCAGAGCGGGUGCCUACUGGUUUCCCAGCUUCUAUUCGAAAGCAGUCAAUCGGUCGUACGCGAGGACUGGACACUGGGACAAUAUUAACCGGACCAACUAUCACCUUCUGGCCAAUACCAAGGUCAACAAGAUAGUCCUCAAUGGCACGACUGCGACGGGUGUGACGUUCGUGUCGCCCAACGGGAGCACAUCUUCCAACGCGACCACACCUAGCACACUGGUCAGAGCGAACAAGGAGGUCAUCCUGGCUGCAGGCGGGAUCCACAGCCCCCAGAUUCUCCAGCUCAGCGGACUCGGUCCCAAAAAGCUGCUCAGUGCCGCCAACAUCACGACGGUGGUGGAUCUCCCAGGGGUUGGGCAAAACUUCCAGGACCAUCCCAUGCCAUCGAUUGCGAUCACGAUGCGCGGCUUCGAUAUCCGUCCGUCGCCCUCGGACCUGUUCAGAAACACCAACUUCUCUGCCUGGGCGCGCGAGGUCUGGGCUGCAAACAAGACCGGCCCCAACUCCCUCGGUGUCGGCAAUGCCGCGGCCUGGCUCCCGUUCCCAGUCAUCUCCAACCGUUCGGAGGAGAUCGCAAAGCGGCUCGAGGAGCAAGACCACAGCGCGUACCAGCCGGAGGGCACCGAUCCGACGGUCGCAGCGGGCUACCGGGCGCAGAUGAUGGCGUACGCCACGGCCCUCCGGUCCCACAACACGGCUUUCUACAGCGGGACCGUGACCGGCAGCCCCGGCUCGCCCGUGCUCGUGGACCUGCACCCUCUCAGCCGGGGCACCGUCAACAUCGACCCGGAGGACCCAGCGGGGCGGGAGCCGCUCGUGGACUACCGGGCGCUGAGCAACCCGCUAGACAAGGCGAUCAUGGUCGACAUGCUGCGCUUCACGCGGCGGUACUUCUUCAACACGUCGCUGGCGCAGUACGGCCCGCGCGAGAUGCAGCCGGGCAGCGACGUCGAGGCGGAGGAGGACCUCGCGGCGUGGCUGGCGCAGACGCUGACGCCGACCGAGUUCCACCCCGUGGGGACGUGCGCCAUGAUGCCGCGGGAGCUCGGCGGCGUCGUGGACGAAGAGCUGAGGGUGUACGGCGUGCAGAACCUGCGGGUCGUCGAUGGGAGCAUCAUGCCUACGCUUCCUGGGGCCAACACGUGCCAGACUGUGUAUGCAGUGGCCGAGAAGGCUGCCGAUCUCAUCAAAACUGCGGCGAUUUCACCAGCCAGGCGAUUCCUGAACACUCGGCGGACAGGCGAGGUACAGGCAUGUCACAGCCAGGCGCAAGAAGCAGGGCCUUUCAAGAUGGGUCUGCCGUCAUUCCUGCUCGGCCUGGCCUUGCUGGCCUCCCGGGCGCUGGCAUCGGAGCCGUCGACCAGCCUGCCUUCAUACCACUACGGCGCGCCCCUCAAGAUCGAGUGCAUGAACCGGAGCUCACUCUUCCUCCCCGUCUCUAGAGAAACGGGCGAACACAUCGAGCUGGCCAACCACGAGAUGCAAUGGAUCCCCUUCCCCGUCUGCAACGAGACCAGCAAGCCGCUCGAGUUCCACUACGGCAUCGAGACCGAGCUCAACUGCACCAUCCCCAUGAUCACCGACCCCUUCUUCCACCUGCUCGAGUUCUACAUCCACUCGGACGCGCCCCUGUCCUGCCGCAUCCCCGCCCGGCCGCCCGCCCACGUCGAGACCGUCGGCGAGGCCCCGCCGCCCGUCGAGUACAUCCCGCUCGUCUUCGCCCUCGCGGGCACCCUGCAGCUGAGCCACCUGCACAUCUCGACCCACCUCAACGUCCUGCUGCACAGCGUGCCCAAGCACCACAUCCACAAGGGCGACAGCGGCGUGCUCGACUCGGGCGUCGCCUACAGCACCAGCCCGCUCGGCCACGCCGCCGCCGCCGCCGGCGGGCCCUCGCAGACGCGCCGCCUCGUCAUCGGCGACCCCUUGCCGCUGAGCUUCAGCGUGCGGUGGUUCCCGACGCCGGCGCUGCCCAAGACGGAAGGCAAGGUCGAGUGGGCCGGCAUGGGCGGGCACAUCUACGCCAGCACCGUCUUCUACAGCCUCGUGUCGUUCGGCGCGGGCGUCACCGUCGCCGGCGCCUACUUUUUCGGCUCGGUGCUGCCCCGGCGCCUCAAGGGGAGGACGCUGGGCGGAGCGACGCCGCUGGGAUAUGGGGUGGGCAAUGGCUGGGGCAUAUCGAAGAGGGCGAUGGACUGA